CUCGAGCGCGCUACUUGCUUACCAGGUACCUGAGCGGAACACCGGCAGACAUGGUGCUAGAAAUAGUAGAGAAGGAAUCCCAUCCUGACUGGGCCAGCAGCAAGUUCCUGGUCAGAGCCUUCAAACAGGCAGGCUUCGAUGUGGUGGAGGACAGCAUCCAGCUGAAGAACGCCUGCAGCGGCGGGGGUGGCUUCAUGAGCGAGACACUGCUGUUGCGGGGGCGGACACUCAAAGGAGACGCGGCCAGCCUGGUGGUGAAGGUGUCUCUGCAAAGAGGUGGGGACGGUGCGCUCAGCUCCGACGGGCUGUUCCGGAGGGAGAGCGUGCUGUACACGAGGACUCUGCUCACGGCGGAGACGGCGCUGAAGGCUGCUGAAGGUGGCGCGUGGCGGCCGCUGUGGCCCGCCUGCCCAGGUGUGUUCGGAGGCGGGCUCGGCUGCCUGCUGCUGGAGGACGUGUAG